AUGUCCCACAGACAAGCCCCGCCGAAGCCGAACCGGAGCUCGCGGCCCCAGACAGCCACCAAAUCCGGCUCGGCACCGAUGAGCUCCGAGGCCACGGCUCCGGCCCCCAAGAUCUCUAGGCAGACCACCACCACCUUGGCGGCACCGAAGCCAGUCCGCCCUGUCUCAGCAACACUCCAGCCCCCGACGCCGCAGUGGACGGGGAAUCCAAGCCCGCCUUCCUACACCAGCUUCAACGUCCCCCCGCCUGGAAGCCCGGCACCGAGCAACGGCGCCGGCGGCCCAUCAGCCCCCCGAGGAUGCCAUCCUCUUCGCCCGGCGUUUCCGCUUCCAGCCGUCUGGCUGACAUCCGCAGUCCGGGACCAGACAGAAUCAACGGGCUACAUCCCUAAAAGUACCGCCCAGCCCCCAAAGAAGCCAUCCACUCCAGUGCCCAUUGCCACCCGGGUUCCAGUCAGUGCGACACAUGGAGUCUUGACUCCUCCGGAUAGUGCAACGAGCCCCGUGGAAGCGCCCGGGAUUAAGCAGCGACCUGGGAUGAUCGACUUUGACAACCUUGAAGAGACUCUCCAAAACCUGCGCUUCGCACCCUCGCCGAUGCUGUCCACCAUCUACUCCGUACCAACAACCCCUCGCGACGAACUUUCUACCCCCGACUUCACCAACGGCGCCGCCUCUUGCUUCACACCUCCGUCCACCAACCCUACCCCCGAACCCGUUACGCCGCUGGACUCGACCCCACGAGGACCUCCGCCGGCGAUCAAGGAACCCAUCAUGUCAGCCACCAGACCGCGCGCCAACUCCCGCAGAGCCAGCCCACCGAGCAGAAAACGUGGACGUGGCGUGGUUGCUUGCAUCGAUAGCCCUGUAGCCUUUUGUACGACGUGGUACACUCACCCUACCGCCCCAGACUUUUCCAUCUGCUCCAGAUGCUAUGAAGACCAUCUUGUCGGCACCCGCUUCGAGCACGAUUUCCGUGGCAAGGUAUGCGACGACAGCAAGCCCCGUGUAUGCCGCUUCAGCAAACCCCGAAUCAAGGACCACAUCCUUCGAAACACCCUCGCCACAGGACGGAUCGAAGACCUUAUCAGUUUCCUUCGUCACAGAAGCACCAUCCCCGACUGCAGGGGACUCGACGGCGCCAGGGGAAGCGAAGGGGCUAAAUGGUACCGUCCCAAGAACAACGCCGUCCCGAACAUGGUCGUCUGUCAAGCGUGCUUCGAAGACCACAUCCAACCCUAUCGCUUCGCCGCAAACUUUGAGGUGGCCGCAGGGCAGGCGCCUCACGACGUAUGGUCGUGCGACCUGUCCAUCCAGUACAUCCGGAAUAUUUACAAGACUGCGGCGGCCAAGAACGACUGGGCUGACUUCACAAAGCAAGCCAUCGCCCGGAUGAGCAUCCCCGCCUGCGCCAAGCGCCAGAAAGUAACCGUGGGCUCCCGGAAGUGGUUCACCCCGACGAAGAACCACGAGGGCGUCCUUGUUUGCGCCGCUUGCUACAACGACCACAUCAUCGGCUCCGGUGAGGAACGCAAGUGGCGCAACGCUGGGGACAACCUCGCGUCCCGAUACGGUAGCUUGGUCUACUGCGUAUUGGGCCACUUUAACGUUGGCAUUGCCAUGUCGCGCGCCAUAGAGACCAACGACUUUUCCAUCUUUUGGAAAGCCCUCGGUACGUCGUGCAGCGAAGAGUUCUGCGGCCCCCAGGGAAUCAAGGACGGAAAAUGGUAUACCUUCCCGUCUCAUCCCGAGGAAUUUGGCAUCUGCGCUUCAUGCGUGGCUACAAUUGCCGAGCCACUCGGCCUCGCAUCCUCUCUCGUCCCCAAAUGCGGUGUAUCCCCCGGCACAACAACCCUCUGCUCCUUCAACCCGGCAAGCCCGCGAUUCGUCUCCUACAUGACGAAGCUGCUGGAAGGCUUCUUUACCGCUGACACUCAGCCCCUCGAAUCCUACGCCCUCGAGUUUGCCAGCCUGCCCCUUUGUCCUCGCGACGAAGACUUUCAGAACCGUCGAUGGUACGGCUGGAAAGACUGCACCAUCUGCCCCUCCUGCUAUCACGAGUUCGUUCGCGGCACUGCCCUCGCCGUUUCGAUGCCUCUGAAGGGCGACAUCGUCCCCACAAGUCUCAUGUGCGAGAUGUACAGCCCGCGCAUGCGCAGCCUCUACUCUGAGGCCUGCGCACGCUCGCCGCCUGACGCAUCGGAGCUUCUGGAGGUCUCCAAGGCCCGCCGCGCAGUGUAUGUCGAAACUGUUCCUACGAUCCGGGAGAUGAUCAUGGAGGCACAGGUGGCGCUGGGACAGCAGCGGAUGUUGAACGUCAUGGGUUCGACUAACAGGGCCAUGGGACAGAUCCAGGACACCACGAGGCAGAGCCUGGGUGUGUGUAACAUGCCGGGUGUUGGCUUCGGCUUCUCUAAUCACUUUGAGAUGCAAGGUGCGUUGUAUGGAAAGCAGGCGAACUCGAUACUGGCCGAGUAUGGUUCUGGGUCGUGGACGCAUGUUAUCAAGCAGUUGGAGAGAAAAUGGAGGGAGGUGGAAUGA